ACGGGCAGUACUAGUGCGAAAUGAACUUGUUUUCAACACCAUACAAACAUUCUGAAUGUUAUUUUCGUACUAAAUUCCAUUUAAAUGUAUCUGAUGGAUUCCGCUCUGUGCGCUCCCUGUGUUGGCACAAUCUGGUCUGGUCUUAAUCGUGUGACGGCCCCUAUAUCGCGGCGUCGAACUACUGCGACUACUUGGCUUCAGUGCUGUGGAGGUUUACUACACUGAAAAGUAUCUGAGAGAGAUAUACGAGCGUAGGAACAAAAAAAAAAAGAUUUUUUUUCGUUGCAUGUUGUUUAGUCGAUGUCAGAUAGUCGUACUGUCUCGAUUAUAUUAUUGCGUUACGUUAGUUGCCGACACGUUACGUGAAAAUUUUCACACUAUAUGUGUAAAUCGAUAGUCGCGAAUUUAUUGUAUAUAGUCCUGUACGUGAGCAAUUGACGGAUUCAAUACAUACUGACAUAUAUAUAUUCUGUUUAAUAUCAUACGAAAUGUGGAGUAACAGUUUCAAGGAUCUGUAAGAAUUUUAAAAAUUGCUUAAGUUUGGUGCCUUUUUUUCGCAAGAGAUCUCCAGUAUUCCCUGUCCGAUAUGGGAAAUUGGGGAUGUCAACAGUUUUGACCACCCUCCGAGUAUAGUGUUGAGUCCCGGUUUCAAGCCCAAUUAGCCAAGCUAUGGAUACAGUGUUGCUUGUGACUAAAGCUGUUUAACUGUGCCCGGAAAUAAUGAGUGUCAAGUGAUAUUUCCUAUGAAGUUUUUGCUGGAUUCAAGGGAAGAAUAGAAGAAAGCCCCCGUUGAAAAUCUAACCCAACGUAGAAAACGGUUUGAAGCCGUUACAGUGCUAUAGUGCCCGUUACUAAUUACAAUAAUUCUCAAGCCCAGAAAGGAUUAAAGCUCAACGCCAAAGUGGAUUUUAACGACUACUACAAAAUGCUGACGUCUAGUAGUCCUAGUAAUCAGUAUCUUAGACCGGAUUACCUGGCACCACUACCAACAGCGUUGGAUGCCAAGAACAGUCCACUAGCUCUCCUGGCGCAGACAUGCAGUGCAAUAGGAGCCGAUCCGCCCAAUCCGAAGCUACUGGCAAACAUCGAGAAAUCUACAAAACACCACAAAAGCAAUGCUGAAUCUCGUGACAAAUCAUCCCCAAUAAGUCAGUCUUCAUCGUUAUCGAGUAGCUCAUCAACUGAAGCCAUCCAACACACAAAAUCCAGUUUCAAGCCAUACGAAGCCAGCUUUCGGGAGCGGACAAGUCAAACACCGGACGAACAGCAAAGGUCCUCAUCCGCUGCUUCAGUGACACGAAUAAAGACCCCAAAAGGCAAUCAGGCAAACUCAUCGAGCUUGAAUGGUCGUUGCGACUCGAACCAAAGUGCCACAUCACGGGAACAGGAUUCACCAGCAAACACGCAGAAAUCAUCUCUAACUGCGGGUAGUCUAGAGUCUCAACAGCAACAACAAUCCUCUCAAAAUGCUAGUCCACAUCGUGCCUCGUCUAAGGAUUCAGUUGGUGCACAACAAGAUAGUAGUCCUCUGUCGCGACUGUCAACAGAUCCACAAACUAGUUCAACCAAAUCUAUACCAAGCAUAGUCCCUACUACGAAUAGUUCAGCAAGCUACUUUCCAGGAUAUCCCCCAGGCUUACCCUACCCAAUGGAUCUGAUGACCGCUAGCGCUCUUAUGUCUCCCCACCAUCAAAUGCUUAAAGCUGCAGCCCUUAGUCCAUUUUUAAAUUAUGCCCGACUCAAGGGUGCAGAUCCUGCAACUAUGAUGCAGUCCGUAUGUCGGGACCCUUACUGCACAGGUUGCUCUCUUAGUCCACAUAUGAUGAAUAAAACAACCGGUCAGCCCUGCCCUGCAGGCUGUGCUCAAUGUGAUCAUGCCACAUCUAAGUCAUAUCAAGCUCAUAGUCCUGCAGCUGCAGUAUAUGCCCAUGCCCAACUUGCAGCCCUUGCUGCAGCCUCUCAGCUUCCUUAUGUUUGCAGCUGGAUUGCAGGAGAUGCCGCGUAUUGUGGCAAAAGAUUUGCCACCUCGGACGAACUGUUCCAGCAUUUACGCACUCACACCGCCUCCAUGCCGGAAUCAAUGCUGAGUGCCGCGGCUGCUGGACUUCCUCCCACUCAUCCACUUUUCCAGCGAACAUAUCCAACCCCACCGCUUAGUCCACUAUCAACGGCUAGGUAUCAUCCGUACAGCAAACCGUCCAUGUUACCGCCAUCUCUAGCGCCACCAUCCCUAGCAGGAUUGCCAAUGGCACCGCAUCCCUCCUUGGCACAAUACUUUUCGCCUUACUCUCUUUACGGUCCGCGACUGGGGACACCGCCCACAAUGCAUCCAUAGUUGAUUGAGACUAUCCAAUAAAUUCUCAACAAAAAAAAAAUAUGUUUAAAUUUGAAAAAUUACAGAAAAGAAAAAUAACACGUUGCUAAAAAGAAAAUAUUAAUUUUUAGUAUUUGACCGGAAAACGAUGGAGAUUAGCUGCUAGAAUUGAUUUAAAAUUGAAAAGAGAGAGGAACCGAAAAAAAUAAUGGAAUACUGAAUUUUAAAGCGCUCGUGAUAAUUAUAUUAUUGUGUAAUUUAUGUAAAAUUAAAUAUUGUAAAAAGCGAUGAAGAAAUUCUCUAAGAAAACAAAAGAAAAAAUGAAUAUGUUA